UUCUUCUAUUUUAUCCUCUCGCCGCCGAGCCAUCAAAACUCGUGAGUCCCCUUUAUCACUUUCCUCCAAGUCCCUUUAGUUUGGCUCUAAACCCUCAAAUUAGGGUUUUUUCCGUAUCCUAACAUUUUGGGUGGUAAAUCUUGCGGGUUUAUCCAAAAGCCUUUUCCUUUUAUUAGAUUUUCCUCAUAAUUUCAGCGUAGGGUUUUAAGUGUCAGACCUAUCUCUCUCAUUUUGUGAUAUUUCCCCUCUUCAGCUUCGCUAGGAUGCUUUGUGCUCAUUUGAUUUCGAUAAAUACCCUUCUUUAUUUAUGAGCAGCAGCUGCAAUUUGCAUUCUUUUUGAGGUUCCAAAGAUUUUCAUAGUGAAAUUAAUAGCUCGUGUGCGCUGGAAGAUAAAUCCAAUGUCUGCUAGCGGCUUNGGCUUGAACGCAAUGUCGGCCUGCAGCAAUUCAUCAAGACCCAUCUCGUUGGGUGCAAAGCGUCUCAAGCCGAUGUUGGAAUCUAGGGCAAUUAUGAGCUAUGGUUAUAGCACUCAUGCGUAUUGUGGAAGAGUGAGUGCCAAGUUGAACAAUCAGGAGUCGAGGGGUUCUAGCAUGCUGUAUAAGUUCUUCUGGUCUAAUGCAACUGGGAUCAAUCGGAGUUCGAAGCCUUCUUGUGAGCCGGGGAUUCAGGAUUCUGAGGCUUUUUGUACUGAACCCAGUUCUGCGGCAGUGACUGCAGAUGCUGAUGUUCAUUCUGAUGUGGCCCGAGAAGAAGAAAAGGUUGAAGAUUCUCAGGUUGCCACUGAUCAGAAGUCUCCAGGUGAUAGAACCUUAAAGCUGUUGUGUGGAUCAUGUUCAUUGCCACACCCAAAUAAAGAGGCAACUGGUGGAGAGGAUGCCCAUUUCAUAUUUGAUGAGCUAGCCAUUGGUGUGGCUGAUGGUGUAGGUGGAUGGGCGCUCCAUGGUAUUGAUGCAGGAGAAUAUGCCAGAGAACUAAUGACUAAUGCAGUAGCUGCAAUUAAAGAAGAACCAAAGGGGUCCAUUGAUCCUGCAAGGGUGUUAGAGAAAGCGCAUGCUAGGACUAAAAAGGUUGGAUCUUCGACAGCAUGCAUCAUUGCUCUCACAGAUCAGAGUAUCCAUGCUGUUAACCUAGGAGAUAGUGGAUUUAUAGUUGUUCGUGAGGGGUCUAUUAUCUUCGAGUCACCUUCACAGCAGCAUGAUUUCAACUAUCCUUAUCAACUGGAUGCUGGUGGACUUGGUGAUUUGCCUAGAGACGGCCAAGUCUUCACGGUCCCAGUUGCACCAGGGGAUGUAAUUGUUGCGGGAUCCGAUGGGCUAUUUGAUAACGUGUACACAAAUGAAGUUGCAGAAAUAAUCAAGCAAGCAAUGGAGGUGAAGCUUGGGCCACAGGCCACUGCUCAGAAGAUAGCUGCACUUGCUCGCCAGCGAGGAAUGGAUAAGGCUUGUAUCUCUCCUUUUGCCGCUGCUGCCCAAGAGGCUGGCUAUUAUCAUACUGGAGGCAAGCUCGAUGAUGUAUCAGUUGUGGUAUCCUAUGUUACCGCUGCCACCCCUAGCAAUUCUUGAUUAACAAGUGGGAGGGCACAUUUAAUUUCAUUAGGUUUGUACAUUACCUGAUCGUUGGUCAAUCAGCACGAGUACUUUUGUUUUAUGUGACCUCAUACGCAUUAUUGCUGAUUCCUACUGAAAUGUAUAAAGAAGUUUUAGCGUGGCUGACAUUACAUUUUACAUGUUGCAAGCUCGGUUAUAAAAGGAAAUAAUUUUUGAACGUAUCUA